AUGUCCCGGUCGCCGGGCCCGUCAACAAGCCGCCGUGACAUGCACUGCUUCGCCUGCCCGUUGAUCAGCAUCUCCUCCGCCGGCGCAUUGAUAGCCGCCUCCAUCAUCACAGCGUGUAUUUUUUCGGUAUCCUUCCGCUACGUCCAAAACGACGAGUCACGAGGGACUAAAUUUUUUGGGCUGUUCCGAUUUUGCUACGAGCCGAACAGUGAUUACCCAUAUAGUGGGGGCAUGGAUCUACACGCGCAUGAAUUUGGAUACGCAUGCCAUCUGCGGCGAAGAGCGCCGAAACACGUUCCCGUUGAUUAUCGCCAAUUCUAUUCUGAUUUCGAGCUUUGCACGUUGAUACUGCUCGCGCUGGCAGUCUUAUCCUCUUUUAUGGCAGUCGGCUUUGCGAUCUGCACACUUUAUUCGCCCCUCUGUGCUGCUGCCCAUUCCCUUGUCGUGCUCAUCGCAGCUUUUUCUUCGACCUCAGCCUACAUAGUUUACACAUAUCACAACGAACUCAAGGAAAACCAGAUGGAGUCCACAAACGGACAGCUGUAUCUGUACCACUACGGAUGGGCCUACUACUACACGGCAGCGUCUGCAGCAAUAUUACUGGUCUCUUUCGUAUUGUCCCUGGUCUCGUCAGCCCUGUAUCUACGCCACCGAUCACUCGAGCAGGAAAAGAGGAUUAGUCUAUACUUA